AUGGCGUUUCCUGAGCCGAAGCCCAAGAAGCCAGAGCUGCCAAAGAAGCUGGUGCAGACUCUGGAGUGCAAACAGGGAGCGGUCAGGGCAGUGAGGUUUAAUGUGGAUGGAAAUUACUGUCUUACCUGCGGAAGCGACAAGUCCCUGAAGCUGUGGAACCCCCACAAGGGGACCCUCCUGAAGACCUACAGUGGCCACGGCUACGAAGUGUUGGACGCGGCUGGCUCCUUUGAUAACAGCCAGCUCUGUUCCUGUGGGGCCGACAAAACGGUCGUCCUGUGGGAUGUAGCCAGUGGGCAGGUGAUCCGCAAGUUCAGAGGUCACGCGGGGAAGGUGAACUGUGUGCAGUUCAACGAGGAGGCCACCGUGAUCCUGUCGGGCUCAAUCGAUUCCAGCGUCCGCUGCUGGGACUGCCGCUCACGCAGACCCGACCCCAUCCAGAUCCUGGACGAAGCCAAGGACGGGGUGUCCAGCCUGAAAGUGUCGGAUUACGAGAUCCUCUCUGGCUCUGUGGACGGCCGCGUCCGGCGCUACGACCUGCGCGCAGGGGAGCUGUACUCGGAUUACGUUGGAAGCCCCGUCACCAGCGUGUGUUUCAGCAAGGACGGGCAGUGCACGCUGGCUGCCAGCCUGGACUCCACCCUGCGCCUGCUGGACAAGGACACUGGGGAGCUUCUGGGCGAAUACACCGGCCACAAGAACACGGCCUACAAGCUGGACUGCUGCCUGAGCGAGAAGGACACGCACGUGGCCAGCUGCUCGGAGGACGGGCAGGUGUAUUUCUGGGACCUGGUUGAGGGCUCCCUGACGCUGAGCCUGCCCGUGGGCAGAGGCGUGGUCCAGUCCCUGUCCUUCCACCCCAGCGAGCCCGGUCUGCUCACGGCCACCGAGGGGCGCGUGCAGUUCUGGAGGGAGGAGACCCACACAGCCGAGGAGCAGCCGCCCGCCUGUUGA